AUGUUGUCUCGAAAGGGCCUCCAGCUUCCGGAGGACUACCUGCUGACGCGCCUGGCCGAGGACGUCCAGCAGCCCAAGUCGAAGGCCAAAGCGCGCAAGGCUCGCUUCGUGGCCAAGAACGGCGCGUGUAACGUGGCGCACACCAACAUCCGCGAGCAGGGCCGCUUCCUGCAGGACGUCUUCACCACGCUGGUGGAUCUCAAGUGGCUUCACACGCUCAUCAUCUUCACCAUGUCCUUCCUGUGCAGCUGGCUCCUCUUCGCCAUGAUGUGGUGGCUGCUGGCCUUCGCGCACGGGGACCUGGACCCGCGCGAGCGCUCCGAUUGGACGCCGUGCGUCACGGAAAUCCGCUCCUUCGCCUCGGCUUUCCUCUUCUCCAUCGAGGUGCAGGUGACCAUCGGCUUCGGCGCCCGCAUGGUGACGGAGGAGUGCUGGUCCGCCAUCCUGGUGCUGAUCGCGCAGAACAUCGCCGGCCUCCUCAUUAACGCCAUCAUGCUGGGCUGCAUCUUCAUGAAGACGGCGCAGGCGCACCGGCGCGCCGAGACGCUCAUCUUCAGCAAGCACGCCGUGGUCUCGGUGCGCAACAACCGCUUGUGCUUCAUGGUGCGCAUCGGCGACCUGCGCAAGAGCAUGAUCCUCUGCGCCACCGUGCGCAUGCAGGUGGUCCGCCGCAGCGCCACCGACGAAGGCGAGCUGCUGCCCUUGGACCAGAUCGACGUCCACAUCGAUAACCCGGUGGGCACCAACGCCGUCUUCCUGGUCUCGCCCAUCAUCGUCUGCCACGUCAUCGACAAGGACAGCCCACUCUACGGCGUGUCCGCCGAGGACCUGCAGCGCGACGAGGUGGAGGUGGUGGUGAUUCUGGAAGGCGUGGUGGAGACCACAGGUAUCACCACGCAGGCCAGGACCUCCUACGUGUCCGAGGAGAUCCUGUGGGGGCACCGAUUCGUACCCACCGUGUCCGAAGAGGACGGCGUCUACGCGGUGGACUACUCCAAGUUCGGGAACACUCAGAGGGUGCCCACUCCGACCUGCAGCGCCAAAAAACUGGAUCAGGCGGGUGGCAUCGCCAGGCUCAAACUCAGCGAGGGCGUCACCUUGCGGCCGUCGUUGAGACGGCGACGGGGGGCUUCGGUCCUGCGCCGAUCCAGGCUCGAUAGCUGCUGA